AUGGCUCAACAAUCCCCAUCGAAAUUUCUUUUACUUCAUCCGAUUGAAAAUCACCGAACGGCAAAUCAAAAAAGUAAAAAUGCAACAUUAAAUUUGACGCAAAAUGUGAGUACUACUACUGAACAAAAUCAAAUAAAUCAUGAUAUGUCGACAAAUACACCUAAUUAUGCUGAACAAAUGGCUACAGCAUUAGAUACGGGUAAUACAGCCGAUGAAAUCGUUCAAAUGCUUAUGCAAGAUGAAACUUCAGAAUCCUAUUGGCAAUUAAUGACCGAAAGACGAAAACGAGCUAUUGAAGAAACAGUUACGGAAAAUCAACAAUUGCAUAAUCUGAUUGAUGAUUUAAGUAAAGAAAAUGAACAUCUUCGUGUAUUAUCUGGUCAUUGUGAUUAUUUACAAAAUGUUCUCAAUUCAUUUAUCACUGAACAUGACAGUCUUCUUGAUGAUAGUACUACAAACUGA